CUCAGGUCGUUGAAGACGAUGACCGGAAGCUCGACAUAACUUGGACCAUCCUUUACUCGCCGUUAUCUUGGUUUACGUGUGGACUUUAGGUUCUUAUUCAAAGCAGGUUAAAAGAAGGAACCUGAUCGUGUUCCGUAAAGACUACAACUCGUGUUCACCACGUUGUACGGUCGUUUCCCAGAAAAGUCUCAAAGUCCAAAAAUUCAAGCGCCCUGCCUCGUGUAGUAAACGAGGGUUCCUGCCAGCGAAAACAUGCAUCGUUUCCGCAAAAGGUCCGACCCUAGCAGGCCCAGCCCGCUUGACCAAGGCUGCUUUUCUCCGACAUCUGAACACAACCAAUUGCCGCCAGCUAGUGACUUUCGCACAUCACUCAUACUACCAGAUCUUACUCGCCGUUUCACGCUUCUCCGUUCCUCCUCUGGCGAUCCUCUUCCGCUUGACAAUCUCAGGUCCAAGUUUGCGGAACAGAGAGCCCGUGGUGUACCAAACCAGAUAUCAGAGGAGGAAGAGGAUAUGAUCCUUGAGACGCUAGGGCGGAUGCGUCCCAAAAAUGCUGCGCCCAGUACCACAUCGAGCGGUAGACUUGAGGGCGGCUCUGGCACUAAUGCCGCCGACCUGGGAAUGGAAUCCGACUACACCCAUGAGCGCACCUCUCAUAUAUCCACCACGACCUCUUCAACUACAUACCCCGCUUCAUCUGUUACCUCAUCUCCCUCACCGAGUUCGCGUUCAACAAAGAGGUACAGCAACAAUCUUUUUGCCUCUGGGCGAUUUCGGGAGUACAGUUAUAUCCGUUCUGUGUCACAAAGAAGCGGUUCCAGCCGUGGAGCAGCCUCUAUAACGCCAUCCGACUCCGAUCUUAGUCUCCGAGAAAAACCCUCGUCAAAUUACUCCGAGAGUGUGAGACCUGCGACGCCUGAAGGCAGCGGUCCUACAUCUUCAGUACCCUCCAGCCCUAACGAGAAGACUCCCUUAGCUCGUUCCACCUCAUUAAUAUCAUCUAUCGAAGAUUUUCCCUCGCAGCCACUCGGGGACAACAACAAAGGUAACACGCAUUUAUCAAGUAACAGUUCAGCCAGCGUUCAGCGCGUCGAACUUGCUCUGGAGUGUGUUAUACGGGACUUCGAAGAAGAGGCCGAGGAUGAAAUACUCAUGCCUAGAACAGCACAUCCUGCUCCACGGUCGGGUGAUGUAGAACAACCGAGUGCUUCAUCUCCCGCCAGUGAUACGUCAUCAGGAGCUUCGGCUCAAUCACCAGUUGACUAUGAAGGCGGGACUGCAAUAUCCUCUGAUAAACACAUAAACAACGACCCCGAGACACAACGCUUAUCUCCAAUCCCAUUUGGUCGUGCGGGUACCAUCUCCCCCACUCCUCGUCUUCCAGGUUACAUCCCUGGCAUGCCUCGUCCUAUGACGCCUCGCGAUCCCUCAUUUGACUCUGAUGAUGCGCGUGCGCAUUCCGCAACUCCACGUGCGAUGUCACCUACCCUCCCAAACUUGAAUGGAACAUCACUCAUUACCACCACCUUCACUUCAAGCUUACUUCGUCGAGGUUCAGACGCGUCUCGUAGUACCCCACGGCCCAUCUCGCCGUAUGUGGCCCCACCUGCAAGCUCGUUUUUGUCACGUAGUGCUGGUGGUCAAUAUGCGUCGGACAGUCAGCGUGAGAGCGCGAGCAGCACUGACCAGGAAGCCUCUAUAUCAUCUGCCUUUAGGAGGAAGCCCGUGCCCCCAUUGACGGGCUCGGCCUUCCGACCUAUGGUCGUGUCGUCUCGACCGGGUACUCCCUCGAACAUCACUUGGAAUGUCAGCUCGCCUUCUAGUCCACCUUCUAACUCCAACCGCACUCACGGCAGGCGGGGUAGUUCUUCUAGUCACAGUAGAAAUGGCAGUCUGAGCACGGACAGCGACUUUCAAUCUAAUACGGAUAAAUCUAAAUCUGCAAACAGGCCAGUUCGCUUGCCUGUGUCUCCUGAGAGUCCCGGUUUCUCUCAAGCGGCCAAUGCUGGAGCGUGGAAUCGUUCAACUAGUCCUGCUUCUGUAGACUAUCGUUCGCCAUCCAGCCUUUCAGGUGUUGUCGACUAUGGAUCCUCACUUCCGUUCUCAAGCCGCACUAUGCGGGCCCCCACCCCCACUCAGUCUCGAUCCACUACAGCCUCUCCCGCAUUCUCUCCAAAUGACUCCCCGGGUUUCUCCAACCAUACUGCCGUCCGUUCUCCAAGACAUCAUUCCAAGUCCUCCUCACAUUUCUCUCUUGGACUUUCUCAGCCUGUUGUCUUUUCUACAUUGGCCAACUCAUCUCGGUCGUCACUAGAGUCCACUGGAUCCAGCUAUCACUCAUGGUCUGCUGGGGAGAAGAAAGAUAUGACUCUCGACUUCUUUAGUGAUGUUGAACAAUGCUCUAAGUGGCAUGAUCUGGACAAGUCGAGCUCCGUCACACCCGGUAGCUUGCAGGAUGAUGAUGAUUUUGAGGACGUCAUACGGCGGUAUGCAGGUCUGACAAAAUCCGACUUCGUGGUCAUUCAAGACAAGUUGGUGAGCGCCGCGCGUGCAAAGGAAAACAGUACGGAGCCUCGAGAGCGGUCCAACUCACUGCGGAGACGGAGGCCAUCGACCUCGCAGUCGAACUACUCUUUGAACGGCCGUGAUAACAGGGUUGCAAGCCCGCCGCCCAGUCAACCUGCUCCUGCCCAGGUGCCUGCCACCGGACGGCGUUCCCCAGCACCUGAUCAAGCUGCUAAGGCUCAUGCAUUACUAGACUCCGUUGUGGAGAGCAUCCCUCUUGCACCUACGAUUGGCGUCGUGACCGAUACCAAGGUGGAAGUGGAGGAUCCUUCGGAAGUCAAGGCGUCCCCUACUACCACGCGUCGCAAUAGGGAUUUAGCACGCGCCCUUGGUUUCGGAGAUGAGCAGGGGACUGCGAAUUUACCGCAGGACAAUAGCCCGCCUAUUGAAGUCGUACCGCAGUCUAAUAACCCAUCGCAGAUCCAGGUACCAUCGGCAACAACUCUUCAGCCGGUCGUAUCACCGGCUCAAGGUGAUAUUCAGCCGUCGUCUAAUACGCCACCGUACAGCCUCCCAUUCCGUUCAGCUUCGAUGAGAAGCCCUCGACCAUUAAUGGACCAGGCCGAACUCGUCGACGAAGUUCGGCGGAAAGCAGAAGCCGCUACUGCUGCUUUGAUGAAGACGUCUUCUGGUCAGAAAUUUACUGAUGCCAAUUCCUCGAGCAUAUCUGUGACCCGGAAGAAAAUCACCCCUAGCCAAAUAUCUGCACCCCAUUUAGUGUCAGGACCUACCAGUGUAGAAACCAUUCCUCUCCCUCAUCAGCCGACGUCUCCUACUCCUACUCCUAUCGCCCCCCAGCCCUCUCUAAACAUCACCCAGAGGAUGAGGCGUUUCCGUAAUACUCUGAGAGUCAAACAGCCAGUCGCAAGCAGUGAAGAGGUCACUCCCUUCCCUAUCGACCUCCAGCCCAACGCCGCACCCACCUCGACUUCUCUGAACCGCAGGCCGACAUUACCCCUUACUAAGGGUUUUGCCUAUGGAAGCUCGACGGAUUUGGGCAAGGCUAAAUCACCAACGUCGAUAUCCGGUCCCCCGGCCUCAGCUACCCCUGGCCUGCGAGGCUUUAUGUCUCGCUUCCGAAAGCCCCGUGCAGCGGACGCUCAAGCUGAAAAUGGCAAUGGACUUUCGCGAGCUUCGCCAACAACUUCUUCGCCAACCACUUCGUCACAUCACGGUCAAGGCCUAGUUGCUUCACCCGUCCAUUCCGUUUCGCCCGCAUCGGCGCCCAUCUCCAUUCCCACUUCAGCGCCCAUAGUAGGUAGUGGUCGGUCAAGCAUUGAUGGAUCGCCAGCAAUGGGAAAUGAUUCGGCUGCCGUUAAACAGUUUGUUGAGGCAGCCAUCAACCUUGGUCUUGAUCAGGCGGCAGUAAAUGACUUAUUAGCACGAUCUGCCUCAGUUUCAUCGCGUACCGCGGGUUGGUCUUUAUCGAGGAAUACAUCAAACGCCGCGCCAAGCUCAUCUAUACGAAGUGACCUUUCAGCUAUGCGAUCUCGAUCACCUCUCCCAGUAGAACCACCACCAUUCAGUGAUGAUGGCGGCGUCAGCAGCGGGGGGGAUGAUAGGACUGUGAGAAAGCUCUCUAUUCGCAAAACAGGGGAAUCAAGUCAUAACCAUCAAGGCAUUCCUGAGAAUCCUGCGAUUGUCAGGAGAACGCUUAUCUUUCCCUCGGACUUUCGUGCGUCCAAAACCGACUUGAGCCAGAUGACGCGUAAGCCGUCGGGUAGACGUCAUCGUCGGCCGGCCAGCGCCACAUCUGCACAGUCUGGUCGCUCAGUACAUGACCGCGCACCUACCCCACCGCCGCCGAAGUCCAAUGGAGGAAAGCGAUUCUCGACUGAUCGGUCACCUCCUAUACCUUCGCUACCCACAUCAAUGACUGCUCAAGCUGAGGCUCUUUUACAUCCUUCAGGUGGACCUGUCGAGAAGCCGAGCUCUCCGUAUGAAUCUCUAUACGAUAUGUACAGUGGUGGUGAGAGCAAACACCCAAAUGCACCCGCUGACGAUGCGGUGGACAUCGGAAGCUCCCAUGAUGGAGAAGUUCAUCCCGAAGGCACUGCCCUUGAACUGAUUGAGAUGGCAAACGGCGAAACAAUCUGGUCAAUAGUGAAUGGCUUGCGUGACGACGACCUUGAAUCAGUUUACGCCAGCAGAACAAGCCUUGGAUCCGAUUAUUCCUUGCGCGAUAACACUGAGGGCCUGCAAGUGUUCGUCAAGGAACACGGCAGAAUGACAUCAAAGGGCAGCAGUAGUUCAUCGUUCCUUUCCCGCAAAAAACCGUCUCAGAGCAAGAAUCGACCUGAAACCAAGGUCAGUUCUACGCUCGGUACAAAAGUAGACAAAAGUUCGGUACUAAUUCUAAUCUCAAGCUCCUCCACUCAUAUUGGUCGUUUGAUCGAGUCACUUUCCCAGGGGAUGGACGCCGGUUCAUUCAAUUUUGGUAACCUACCCCCUGACCGCUCGACCCCAUCAUCAUUCCAUUCUGACACCGAUAUGCAUUGGACUGUUGAAGAAAAACUGGAACACAUGCUGGGAUCGAUGAGAAAUCCUUGA